UAGAGGCAGAGGCACGGCGGACAUGUAGGACUAGGAAACAUCUAUCAGAACGUUGGGUUUUUAUAUUUAUUUUAUAUUCUGCAUUUAGAAUGAAGAUGCUUCUCAUCUUCACCUUCAGCCAGAUUAUAGCUGGAUCUGAUGCUGUAACUACAGUAACUGGAUACAGAGGAAGAUCAGUUCAGAUUAAAUGUCACUAUGAAUCUGGAUAUGAAGAUUACAACAAGUAUCUCUGCAGAGGUGACUGUUGGCUUGGAAACAAAGAUGUUCCUGUUCAGUCUGGACCUCCUGCUGAAGACACCAGAUUCUCUCUGUACGACGACACAACAGCCAAAAUCUUCACCAUCACCAUCACUGAUCUGAGAGCAGAGGAUGCAAACACUUACUGGUGUGGGAUACAGCGGUUUGUGCCAUUUAGAGAUAUUUACACAAAGCUUCAACUGCUGGUUGAAAUGGAUGACCCUGCCAUCAGUACGGUCUCACAGUCCACACACACCACACAAUCUGCUUCAACACUUACUGUGAGACCCCCAGUGCAUGCUAACACCACCCCCCAAGCUCUAGGUGUGGCUACCUACCCCCUGAUCAGUACAUGUGCAGUGGUGUUGGCUGUUGGUGUGUUCAUAGCAAUCUACAGAAGAAACCGCUCAGGCUCUGUAACAGUGAUGCAACCUUCCACUGAGACAAAUGAAGAUAAUGAAAGUGACCGAUAUGUUCUUCCUCCCCAAGCAAGAGAAAUGCAAAAUAUACCUGAAUCCAUCUAUCAGAAUACAGACCGAACCACUAACCAAUCAGAUUCACUCUACCAGAGUCUGACCUUCACUAUUAACCAAUCAGACUCAGUCUACCAGACUCUGCCCUUUAAAAAUAACCAACCAGAGUCAUUCUACCAGUGUCCAACCUCUAUUACUAAGCAAUAAGACUUCUACCAGAGCCGACCAGAGUCUGACCUUCACUAAUAGCCAACAAGAUUCAGGAGACCACGCUUGACCAUACAAGAGAAAUGGUUGUUACUUUCACAAUGAUUAUUGUUAUUUGUUUUUUUGUCUGUUUUUUGGCUUUUUGCCUGGACUGGAAAUGACUUUUAAUCUUUUUGUGAAUACUUUUUAACAUGUUCAUAAUAAAAACUCUGUUCCGUUCCUCAACUUGCACUGGCCAUGCGCCUAACAAGGCUGUAGAUAAGUUCUGGUGUUUGAAUAUAAGCUUAUUUUGUUAUUUAUUUUUACUUUAAAUGUAAAACUUUUGACCGUCUCCAUUGUAUAUUACAAAGAGAUACUACACGUCUUUAAAGAUAAGAAUAAAGAAGAUGAUAAAUUCA